AUGCAUCUCCGUUUCGUGCUACUGACGAUUGUCGCCACUCUUGUAGCGACAUGUUGUAGCGAAGCUCGCUCGCUCCGGCAAGGGGCCUCCACGAAAACGACCGGUUUGGCCUCCGAACAUGAUCCAGAGUCGGAGGAGAGGGUGUUUAGAGUCCGCGACGUUGCAUCUGGAGCUAUCACAAAAGCUGAAAGCGCACCUCUCAAGACGUCGAAGUGGGAUAAAGUCCUCAGCAAGUUGGCCAAGAAAAUGCUUCCGGGUGCGAACGAGUACAAAUUGGUGUACAAUAACGGUCGGUGGAAGCCGGAGUAUUACUUCUGA